AUGUCUCUACGUAAAACUCCCUCAAUGGAUCAAUUCUGUGGUUCCUAUGAAGCUGAUUCAGGUAUUUUUGGUGGUGGCGGUCUCAGUUAUGAUGAAGCAACAGAUAAUGAUCCACGAGGUACUGGUGAUGAGACCCCAUUUGAAGAAUUAGAGCAAGAAGAACCAGCUGUAACGACACGUCCACCUCCAAUAAUAAAUAUCUCGGUCAUUUUAAACCAUUCGCCAAAACUGAAGACCACUCCUGAGCCUCAUUACUAUUACGAGGAGGACUUCCACUACUAUCAGUCGUCUCCUUACGCAACAGAAGUUGUUAGAUCGUUGACCAAUCCUGCUCCCUUUUUCUCAUCUAAUUACUAUAACGAGAGCGUUCUACCGUUCUAUUAUCGGCACCAGCAACACUCGCCGAUAUACCACUACAACAACAACAAAAAUUUUCUCUCAACAGCUCCCCUGUACUAUGUUGUCAAACAACUUAAUCAUAAUUAUGUUGUUUGUAAAGAAGCUAGAAACCAGUCACGUUAUUUCAUUGCUAAACGAAGUCUAUUGGUACCAGAAUGGAUUAGACGAUUGGUUGCAGAAAUUGAACGACGGCAAGCUUAAAAACAUUGUACUUCUCUCAUUACACAAUUGAAUCUCAUGACAAUUCGUCCUGAUUUUGAACGGCAGGCUGCAGCUGGUUAUUUUGCUUUGCUUAUAGUUUUUUUGCAUUGGAGCGAGUUUUGUAGCUUUUAGGUCUUCUACAUAGACGUGGGAGUGAGUCACUGCUUAGAUGAAACAAAACGAAGUCAAGUAUUCAAAUAAAAUGUACUGUUAUAUUUCUUUUAAAGGAUCACGUAAAAAUACCGGAAUCACUCCGAUUGGACCAUAUCAAAUAGGUAAAACGAAAUCAAUAACGUUUGAUGCCGUCCUAUCAUCGACAUUAUUACAUUUUAGUUUUUUUCCGAAAGACCCUUUCUCAAUUAGCUAUUACUGUCACUGACAAGUUGAUGCACAAAGUUUAGUUUUGAUUGACACUGUGAAAGACUUAUUUAAUAUUCUUUUCUCUGCUUUCUUGCUGCUACUUACUGUACCUAUUGUCCAUAUAGUUUGUUGAACGGGUUUGUGUUUCUCGGAUGCAUGCUUUCUUGCCUGCAUGCUUAUAGUAACUAUUCUUGUAUAUAGUUUAAUUUAGUUCUUUUUCUUUCUGUCAAACUUUAGAGCCGACAGACAAAUCUUUCAAAUUUUAAUUCAGCAACAAUGUCUUCCAUACCCUCAGUGUGUUGUUAACAGAGCCGUUUUAAGAAAUUUGUGGCCCCUGUGCUGAUCAUUAACGUUUUCAACACAUCAAUUUGUAUUUUUUUUUUAAUAAUAACAAAAUGCAAGGCUUA